AACAAACUAUCCAGCGAAUAUCUAGCUAUGGAGGCGUCCAUAUGUCGUGUUUGCUUGGAAAACAACGAAAAUAUGGUAAAUAUCUUUGAUCGGACACACGAGUCGGGAACUUGCAUUGCGAAUAUCCUCUCAUACUGGAGUGGCUAUCCUGUUGAGCGAGAUGAUCCCUUUCCCAAAACCAUUUGCAAGUCCUGCCUGCAGGAUGCGGAAAAUGCUUACGAUAUAGAUAUGGAUCAACAAUUUGAUGAGAUAAUGAAACCCUCACUGGAGGUCUUCAGCGGGGAAGAGGUAUCCAUAUCGAAGGAAUCAGAACUCGCAGAAGGAGCCCAACAAGAGAUCCACAUUAAGGAAGAAGUCCCAGACCUUUGGGGCACAAAAGAACCCCAAGUGAUAAACGAGCCACUUAUAGAAGACAUUUUCGAGGAAGAACAGUGCCAUAUCGCAGACUCCGACUCUAUCCCAGCGAUCAAGGGAAAUGUACAGGGAACAUUUUAUACCCUUAAGGAUAGAGAUGUUAAAAUGGACGAGAAUCUUCCUUUCAAGUGUCCGCAUUGUGUAAAAAGUUUUUCAUCGAAAAAAAGUUACACACAACAUUUCAAGAUACACCUCGGGAAACGACGCUAUAUGUGUUACCUCUGUUCGGCGACCUUUAAAGCUGCCCAAAUUCUAAAGGUACACAUGCGCAUACACACCGGAGAACGACCGUUCCCCUGUGUCCUCUGCGAUAUGACCUUUACAACUAAUUCGAAUCUCAAUCGACACAUGCGAACAGUGCAUUCUUCAACAACUAUGCAACGUCAAAUGUCAAUGAACAGAACUCGAUCGCUUCCACCGAUCACCCGACCUUGAGAACCCCAGGCAAACCUCCCAAUGUAAAAUGAAGACAGUCUCAAAUUCGAACACGAUUCCCACUCAAAGACUUGCAACGUGAUAUUCAAUUAAGGCAUUUACCGGAUAAGGGACACCUAAACAAAUGAAACCGCACCUUUCUGUAUCAUCAAAUUCAUUUCCAAUAUGUUAUUAUUUAUAUUAAUGUUACACAACAGCCCAAUAGAAUAAAAUGUCUGCAUAUUAUAUUUUUCACAAAUGAUUACCGAAUACGGGACUACCGAGGAAAAAUGUAUAGUGUACCUUUACAUAUUAAUUUAACUACGUAAAUGUUAUGCAGCUUAUAUGUAAUUUAGCUAAUAUAUUCAGAAAAGAAUCUCAGCAUAUAAUUUUUUUAAAUAAAUUUUUACUGGAUAGGGACUACCUGAAAAUAGUUUACAUUGUACCUUUACAUAUUAUAUUAUAGCUAAUAUAUUCAAUAAAGAAUCUCUGUGUAUAAAUUCUU